GCAGCGUACAUGUUGACAAAAGCGUCUGUCUGUCAAAACAAGGAAGAAACAAUGUCUACCAUGAUACCAAGAACCAGUAUCGAUGAGGCCAAUCGACAUCUCCUUGCUCUACACAGACGUGUAAAUGAGCUGGAAAAUACUGUUCAAGAGCAAAACAAUGCACUCCUUGCCAAGGAUGAAUUGUUGAAGACCAAAGUUUCUGAGGUAGAGGCAGCGAAAAACAGUGAACUGGCUAAGCUAUCAGAGAAGCUUGUUUCGACUGAGAAGACUGUGGAAAUCAUACAAGAGCAACUGCGUCAGAAACACCAACAAGUUGCCAUACUGCAACGAAGUUGUAGGCUUAUGCAAAAUCUAGUGUCUUUCAAGAAUAAUGUGAAAGAACUGUUAAGCUGCAUGGAUGAUGCUGAGAAAGACAUGGCCAGUCAAAGAGACUUCCUUAGUUUGUAUACCGACUCUUCCACAGCGAACACUCAUAAUGCCAACUCAAGUCCUAAGUCAUCAGGAGUACACAUGAACUCUACAGUUGUCAAUAGUUAUGCAAAUCAUGAGGACACUCAAGAUGAUCAGAGUAUGGAUGGGGUGGAUUCAGGGGACGAUGUUUGGAAGGUUCGCCAGGGAAGAAAGCCCAGAGGGGAAAGAAAAACAAAACCCAAAGGGAAAGAAUUUUAUCUAUGACGCUAGGUGGAGAUGACUAAACCACUGCUGAACUGCACUGACAAAUGUUUCAGGAAAUCUUUGGUGAUGAACAUGAUGAAUGGCAUUGAUGGAUACUGGGAUAUGUUUCUAUGAGUGAUUAUGAUUGUGGGUUCGAAUCCGGUUUUGCCCUGAUUAUGUUUUUAGGUUUGUCAGCAUCAUACCCGUGCUCGUGGGUUUCACCAAUGUGGUAAGCGUCUAAGACCUACAUCACUUUGAGCUUUCCUCCCACAUUAAGCUGACAAGUAGUGAUAUAACUGGAAUACUGUUAAAAGCGGCGUAAACCCAACUCACUCACUCACUUAAUCAUCUUGUACUUUAAAGGUAUAAAGGGGCAAUUGCUGUAAAUAUUUUGUCAGUGUAGACAUUGUAAACCUGUCUUCUGUCAGUAAUAUGACUCAAUAUCACCAAGUAAUCUGUUCAUUAUAAACAACUGUUUAUUAAAUAUAUGAGAUAGGAAAUCAUGAAAAUAGAUAUGAAAGAUUAAUUUACCAAAUUGCUAUCAUUAGAAAUUUAGUUUUGCACAAGGGUAGCCUAGUGGUUAAAGUGUUCACUUGCCAGACUGCCAGGGUUUGAUGCCAUGUGCUGAUAUUGCUGGAAUCCUGGUAAAAGUGAUAUAAAAUCUUCCUUACUCAGAAUGUUGUUUUGAGGCUUCAGGUUCACACCAACAUACACAACAGUUUAUUGUAUACAACUUGGCUAAGCUAUGUUUAUGCAAAAAUAUGUUUAAUUUCAAGUUUUUAGUGGUUAACCACACAUUUCAUAGAGAGUUGAUAAAAAGUUCUACAUCGUAAUCCUUACUUUACAUUAAUUUUUUGGUUAUUUUCUUUCAGUCCAUACUUAUUAAAAUGUUUUAUAAAACCAAUAAAAUAAAGGUAAUAUCACUGUUUUAGAGCAUUUGUAUGGUGUGCUUUCAAUCAAACGGCAUGUGUAGCAUUUUUCUUUUUCAUUUUUUUUGUUUUGGUAAAUUUUUCCUUUUUGUGGGGUAAACUCAAACAUUAACAAAUGAAUAAAUAGGAUUUUUUCAGUAUUUGUUGAUGUAUCCUCUUGAUUUGUGUUUUAAGUUUUUUGUUUUUUUUAUUGGACAUGUUACCAUGGUUACAAGUUUGAACAUUUCUAGUCAUGAAAAUAUAUUGUCACCAUUCCACGACACAAUUGAUAGGAGAUUGAUAUGUUUCUACAUUCGUGUUUGCUGAAAUAAUCUGUUAUUUAUUUAUUUGUUUUGUUUGUUUAUUUCAUUUAUUGUGUUGAAACAGUUAUUCCCCAGGAGACCUUUCCCUGGAAUCAAAUGGUUUCCAGAGAAGUUAAAAUGUUUACUCUUCCUCACAACUUGAGAAUGCUAUUCUGUACUAUGGCCAUGUUUGCUACAUGAGAGUUGAGACAUGCACUCUACACCAUGUCACGGUAAACAAACUGACAAUGAAAGGCAUAUUUGUAUUGAACAUGCUUUGAUGAGGAUACCUUUGUUGCUCAUUUCUAAGAAUAUAUUUUGACAGAUGAUGGGACCAGUUUAUUAUACACUUUGUUACACUUGUUUAUUCAUGUAUUACAUGCUGUGUUUAUUUCAUGUGUUGAUGUGUGUUCCACACUUGUUACCAGACAAUGAAAUCCAUAAUCAGAGGAGCAAUUGAAUCUCUAUAUAAUGAGUGUUGUGCUGUUUAUUGUAAUAAUCUUUGUUAUGAAGUUUAUAGUUACUUGAAAUAGAAUCAUUAUUUAAUUAGCAGCUUGAUCAAGUCAAUGUUUGACAGUCCAAGGUACAUGAUAGUAGCCAUAAUAUUACUGGUCUCAGAGCUCCAGAUAAGCUGCGUAUCUGCGUAAAAUACACAUCAGAAAUGCAGAAAUAAGCAGUAAAAUAAAAUCCAAGCCUAUCAAAUACGCAACGAACAUUACAGAUACG